GGCUUUCUGAAAAACAAUAAUUUUUUACAUUUAUGCACUUCUGCAAUCGUCACACUUUUUCUGUAACAAACUGACCCCGGCCCCUCAUCAGAGAAAGGAAAAGUUAUGUGGCCCUCGCAGGAAAAAGUUUGGGGACCCCUGCUUUAACACAUAUUGCCAAAGGCAGAACAAAAACCUAUCUGCCUAUAUAUACCAAUAUUUUUUAUUUCUAUUAGAUAAAUAUUUCAGUAAAAUGUUACACAUUCUUGUGUAUUUGCCACUUAUUGCCACAGUUAACAUUGAGGCUUUGGGCCUCUUUUGAUCUCGUUGUGAGUUUGUAGGGUUGUGACUUCUGAUUAAACAAACUCGAUGCCAAUCAAAACGUUUGUUCUUUUUCCCCAAAUUAGAAUCGAUAAGAGAAUCGAUAAAGAAUCGAAUCGUAAAAAUCCUAUCAAUUCCCAUCCCUAGUAGAGAGUGCCUCUACUUCCGAAGAUGAAAGUGACGUGCACACCGUGCAUGUGAUGAGCGUGGACGGGAAGUCAGGGUGUUACUGGGUCACACCAAAGUUAGAGGGUCACCCAGUCAAAAUGCAAAUAGAUACUGGAUCACAGGCAUCGCUUGUGUCUUACCAAGUCUAUAAACAGUGUUUGAGACACCUUCCAUUAAGACCAUCAGACACUGUGUUGAAAGCGUACACUGGACACAAAGUGCACAUGAAAGGAAUGACUGACAUUACUGUGCAAUGCAAGGAUCAAACUGCUAAACUUCCAGUGUAUGUCACAAAAGGGAAUUUUGCUUCCAUAAUGGGACGACUGUGGAUUAAUGCACUUCGUGUAAAUUGGCUAGAAGUUCGGCAGCUGUCAGACGGUUCUUCACAACUACAAGUCAUACUGGACAAGAAUGAAGAGGUUUUCCGUGAGGAAUUGGGCAGCAUGAAGGACAUUAGAGUGAAAUUGCACAUUAAACCAGGAAGCAAACCUGUGUUUAUGAAGGCUAGGACAGUGCCGUAUGCUAUUCGCGACAAAGUCGAGGCUGACCUGGAUGCGUUGGUCAAAAGUGGGGUUUUGGAACCAGUCACCACCAGCGAAUGGGCGACACCAAUUGUGCCGGUUCCGAAAAAGAAUGGCGGAAUUCGCACAUGUGGCGAUUUUAAAGUGACUUUGAAUCCGGUGCUUUGUGUGGCGCAGUACCCACUUCCAUUGAUCGAUGAUUUGUUUGCAGGUCUGAGCGGUGGUCAAAAAUUCAGCAAAAUUGACCUCAACCAAGCUUAUCUGCAGAUGCAUGUGGAUGAAGAAUCACGGGAGUGGCUGACAAUUAACACGCACAAGGGACUUUUCAGAUAUUGCAGAUUACCUUUUGGCAUCACAUCUGCUCCUGCUCUGUUUCAACGGGCUAUGGAUACAAUUUUGAGUGGAUUGCCAGGAGUACAAUGUCACUUGGAUGACAUUCUCUGCACCGGUGCCAACGACGAGGAGCAUCUUCGCAACCUGGAUGCUGUCUUAAAAAGGCUAAGGCAGUAUGGUCUUCGAGUGCGCAAGGAAAAAUGUGAAUUUUUGAGACCAUCGGUGGAGUAUCUCGGGCAUGUGAUAGACCACGAAGGACUACACAAGGCUCCAUCGAAGACAAAGGCAAUUGUGGAUGCACCCGCCCCAGAAAAUGUGAGUCAGCUUAGAUCUUUUUUUAGGUCUAUUGAACUAUUAUGGACGGUUUAGUCCCAAUUUGGCAUCACUUCUUAAACCAUUGCAUGAGCUGUUGUGCAAAGAUGUAAAAUGGAAAUGGACGAAUGAGUGUAACAAAGCUUUUCGAAAUGCGAAAAACGCCCUGAUUUCAUCAGAUGUUCUCACUCAUUUCAACC